AAACUACAACACCCAGAGGGCUUUAUCAACCUUGCUCCCCCUGCUUUUCCCAGCGUCAUUCCUGUAUUUUACUGUAUGUACAAUAGUUCUUCCGUUGGAGUGGGGAAGCAGAGAGACAGUCGGAAGAUUGUUCAGUCUCUGCUGAUGCUGCCUCUACCGAAACCUAUCACCAUUUAUUCCAUCAAGCAUCGAUUUACAAUCUCAAAUAGUAGAGUCAUGAACAAUAAUGGCAUUUUCUACAGCUUCCCAGACUCUCCACGAAGAUCCAUUCAUGUAAACCAGUAAUGAACUCACUGCCUUUUUUUUAAAUGCCGUUCCUUUUAAACCCAUCAAUGAAGCAUCCGACACCGUGUGCUUGCCUUCCCCCCCACAUGUCUCAAUGUAGUGCGAGAGGGGGUUAAAUAAAUAUCAUUUGCAGGCAGCUGCUGUGCAAUCGCACUUGUCUUUUCCUUUUAAACAAAAGAGAGGGAAGAAAGUGUUUCGAAAUGAAUUUUUGUCCCCUUUCUCGUUUUCUGCUGUUGCUUUGCUCUUUGACUGAAUGGUUGUAUUGCAACGGAGAGCCGUCAGGGAUCAAGGUCCCUCUGAAAAAUGAUAUCGGGAUCCCCAGCAGGUUGCCCAGAGCUGCCGAUGAGACUGGUCGGAGACAAAGUAUAAAUUUUAUGGAUAUGGUUGAUAAUCUGAGAGGGAAAUCUGGACAGGGAUAUUAUGUGGAGAUGACCAUAGGAACACCCCCUCAGAAGCUGAAUAUUCUCGUGGACACCGGUAGCAGUAACUUUGCUGUUGGUGCUGCAGCCCAUCCAUUCCUGAAGAGAUACUAUCGCCGUAAUCUCUCCAAUACUUACCGAGACCUGAGGAAGAGUGUCUAUGUGCCGUACACCCAGGGGAAGUGGGAAGGGGAGCUCGGGACAGAUAUCGUCUGUGUUCCACACGGCCCGAACGUCUCAGUCAGAGCAAACAUUGCUGCCAUCACAGAGUCAGACAAAUUCUUCAUCAAUGGCUCCAACUGGGAGGGGAUUCUGGGACUGGCAUAUGCUGAAAUUGCCAGGCCUGACGAAACCCUGGAGCCGUUCUUUGACUCGCUGGUGAAGCAGACUCAGGUGCCCAACAUCUUCUCACUGCAGCUUUGCGGAACAGGCUUCUCUUUGAAUGACUCAGAAUCUGCAUCGUCUGUGGGAGGGAGCAUGAUAAUUGGUGGCAUUGACUCUUCCCUUUAUCUGGGCAACAUCUGGUUUACGCCAAUCAGGAAGGAGUGGUAUUACGAGGUCAUUAUAGUGAAGAUUGAGAUCAAUGGACAGGACCUGAACCUGGACUGUAAGGAGUAUAACUACGACAAGAGCAUCGUGGACAGUGGGACUACAAACCUUCGGCUGCCCAAGAAGGUGUUCCAAGCUGCAGUGAAAUCUAUCAAAGCUGCGUCUUCUACAGAGAAAUUCCCGGAUGGUUUUUGGUUGGGUGAGCAGCUGGUUUGCUGGCAGAUUGGCACCACGCCCUGGCAUAUCUUCCCGACAAUAUCACUCUACCUCAUGGGGGAGGCCACUAAUCAAUCUUUCCAAAUCACUAUCCUACCACAACAAUAUCUGCGUCCAGUGGAGGAUGUGGCCACUUCUCAGGAUGACUGCUAUAAGUUUGCCAUCUCCCAGUCUACCACAGGAACCGUGAUGGGCGCCGUCAUCAUGGAGGGGUUUUAUGUUGUCUUUGACCGUGCUCGCAAACGCAUUGGAUUUGCAGUUAGCACUUGUCACGUGCACGAUGAGUUUCGGUCAGCCAUGGUAGAGGGUCCCUUCUUUAGCACAAACAUGGAGGACUGUGGCUACAACAUUCCCCAGACAGAUGAGUCUACACUGAUGACAAUUGCCUACGUGAUGGCAGCCAUCUGCGCUCUCUUCAUGCUGCCCUUGUGCCUCAUGGUCUUUCAGUGGCGCUGUUUCCGUUGCCUUCGACGUGAUCACGAUGACUUUGCAGACGACAUAUCGCUGCUGAAGUGAAUGAAGAGAAACUAUUCAAUAUGGAAGAAUACUCUCCCCCUCCUUUUUAAACUAAGAAACAGCUUACAGUGAUGGAUAGAACAGCAGGUGUUCAAGAAUCGAGAGCGAGAGUUAUGGCUGGUUUGAGGUUCACAACUAUUGUAGUGUAGACAAAAUUACUUCCUCCCCAUCCCCCAGUGUACAGGCCCUUCCAUAUUGUAUUAUCUUUUGGUCAGAUCAUUUCCUUGAACUGUGACGGAAUAUCCACUGGGCAAACUAACAGCCUAGAGAUAGUGAUGUUCGAGAAUUGAGUAACUCAACAAGGUACACAAACUCCUCCCCGCAAGAGAUGUCAACUUACUGAAAGAAGUCCAUUGAGUAUUUCCAAAAGGAAACUGUAAAUAUUAGCCACAGAGAAAUAUUUUUUAUUUGACAGAUUCAUCACCUUGGAUCAUAAUCACCCUAAUUCCAUGGUAUCUUCUACUGGACCAAUGGGAAAUAUGUGAGCUGUGGAAAUGGUUGUUCAUGAUGUCUGCUUGAUUUUUAUUGAUCUCUAGCCUGUGCAGCCCAAAAAUGGCCAUUCACUCCUAUAAAAUUGAGUGCAAUACAAUUUUACACUACCAGCACAUCAACACUACCUUACAGAUAUCAUUUAUAAUGUGUAGUGUUUACAUUUAUGUGUAAAUGUCCAGAAAUAUAUGCAUUACAGUGAGUUGCAUUACAUUUAUUGGGCAACAUUGAACUAUAGUGGCAUUGCAAUGACUAAACAAUGCAUUUUUGUUUUCUUUCCCUCCUGAAGAUCAUGAAUUCUCUUGCAAUUACUUUUUAAUGGGUACCGGCCACACUCAGUAGUUGUCUUAAAUGGUAAUUUAUCAAAUGCAACCCAAUAAUAUACAUCAGUGGGUCCAUGGAUCUCCAUGGUAGAUGAUGCAGCCAUUAACACAUGAGGCACUUCUCCACAGAGGGCAUGGAUAAUGAUCAAUAUUGGGAGCUGAGACCAUUGUGGCCAAGUAUACUGUUAUCCACUGCUAUUCAUAAUGAAAUCAGGUCGCUCAGCACACAGACUGGAGACUGAACUUGGGAAUUCCUGGCUUGUAUAUUUGUAUGUGUGUCAUUUAUUCAGUAUCUUGAUCAAAAUGCCACUGAGAGGAACCUCAGCCAAUGUUACAUGACAACUACAACCCAAUUGCCUUAUAGAGCUGUUCCUGAGAUAGCCCCGCUGUGGUCACUCUUGUAAAUUUGAUGGUGAUUUAAUAGCAGCGCUUCAACUUGGAACCGGAAAACUAAAGCAAACCUUUGUCUGUACGAGGCUCAAAGGGGCAACGAGCCAAUUCCUGCUCUUUGUUCCUAUGUCCCAAUCUCUAAAACCAGUAAUAUUUGGUUAAUCUUUAGUACAUGAAAGUAAAUUUGUCAUAGUCCCAGAGGUCAAUAUGGCUGCUAUCUCACCAGAGAGAGACAUUAAUUCACUAACACCUAACCUGAUUAGGCAACACUCGUCUGUCAAUUUGUCAAAUCCUUUCAUCAUACAUAACCAUAUCAAACAGCUGGUGGGUGACAGAAUUAAAGAAGGCCACACUUUUUGUUCAAGUCUCACCUAUUCAAAACUGUGAUAGAUUCAAGUUUUAAUAGUAUCCCUAUCAUGCUUCUGCAAAGUUGCCCCACUGUUCACAUAGUUUCACCCAGGUGUUCAUAUCUGGAUAUUUCAGCAUAAGUGUUCAGAAAUGUUAUAUGCAGUUAUUGACAAAAGACAUUCAAAGCAAGCAACUGAGGUAAUUCUUGGGUAAAGCUAGUUGAGACAUUAAGACUGUGAUAUUAUAAUGCCAGGUGGUCUGCAAUAAGGUAUUUUGUGAAUCACAACCUGAAGGAAACUAGAUAGUAGUUGUUACUCUUCUGGGAUGUGGUCAAGGGACACAAAGUAGAUGAAGGAAGGAUCCCUGCCCUGGCUGAGGGGCUUACAACUCAGAGACUUAGUCUCAGAAUAUGGGCAAAACAUGUCGAAUUUAGAAAGAGGGAGAAUUUCUUCACUCAUAGGUAGUGGUGCUGAAAUCUUUGGAAUUCCCACCACCAGAGGGCUGUGGAGAUUCAGCUGUUGAGUAUGUUUCUUACUGAAUUUCAUAGGUUUCAACAUUUAAAAAACAUCAAGCCAAACGCUAAUGGGAAAAAAUGGUGUUGAUGAUCAGCCACAAUCUUAUUAAAUUGACAGUAGGAACUCAAAGGGCUGAAUGGUCUACUCUUCCUCCUAUUUCUUAAUUUAGUCACUUGGUAGGAUAGAACUUGUGUAUUGCUAAAAACAAAAGACAUGGUUUUGAUACCUUCGUCAAGAUAAUUCACAAGAAAUGCCAACUGAAAGGGAAAAGUGCAUUUAUAUUGUCUGAAAGGAGAGUGUUGAUUGGUUAGCAAAUGGACUCUGAUAGGUACCAGUGUUGCCACAAAGGAUGCACCAGUUUGUGAUGAUUGACUAUUAACUGUUAAGGUUUAUUUAAAUUUGAUUCAGGCAGAUUGACUGUGAAUGGUCAAGGCAUUGCCCUGACAAUUGAACCAGAAAAUGGCUGUCACUUACUUUGUUCAGUUGAAAAAGGAGAAGUUUGUGUACAAGAUUUUUUUUGGCUGCAAAGACGAGAACUUUCAGUACACAGAAGUACAUUAAUUUAUAAUUAUCAGUCAAACUCACAAUGUGGGCACUGGAGCAUACUGGAAGCUCUGUAGUGUGCCCACAGAAAGAACUUGUACAUACGCACUGUCUGGUUAAAUUUAACAAAAACAUUUAACAGCCAUUCUCUUGUUCAUUUCCCAGGGCAAUUUCCUGACUGAUCAGAGUCAAGAGUGUGUUGCUGGGAAAGCACAGCAUGUCAAGCAGCAUCUGAGGAGCAGGAGAAUCAGCGUUUCGGGCAUAAAUCCUUCAUCAGGAAUGUUCGAAACGUCGAUUCUGUCUUUUGAAAUUCUGGUCUUUGCGGACAAAAAAAAAUCUUGUGCACAAUCUUCUCCUUUUUCAACUCAACAAAGUAAGUGACAGCCAUUUUCUGGUUCAAUUGUCAGGGCAAUGCCUUGACCAAUCGCAGUCAAUCUGCCUGAAUCAAAUUUAAAUAAACCUUGACAGUUAAUAGUCAAUCAUCACAAUCAGGGCUUAUGCCCGAAACAUGGGCGGCACGGUGGCACAGUGGUUAGCACUGCUGCUUCACAGCGCCAGAGA